CAUGGCUGUGUCUUUGAAGGAGCUCCCAUUGGGUCAGAGGUCCAUGGUGUGACAUUCAGUAAGCUUGUGCCUGUGUUCUCUCUGAUAUCAAGUGCACAGACAGAGAAAGAGCGCUGUGACCUGUGAGGGAGGAGAAAAAAAAACACACACUGGCUGAUGUAACUAGACUCUCACUAUUCAGAAGGUACUGAGCGGAGUGGGCAGCAGUCUGUUGGCAGCACCAGCACGAGAUUACCUUCUGCACCACGUGCUGGACAAUCAAAAGCUGAAAUAAUUCUCUUCAUCAUGGCGUUGUUGACACAUGUGCUGGCCUGCCUCUUUGGCAUUGGUUCAUGGGUUGCCAUCAAUGGGAUGUGGGUGGAGCUCCCACUGGUUGUACCUGAGAUUCCUGAGGGCUGGUACCUGCCCUCCUACCUCACUGUCAUCAUCCAGUUGGCCAACAUCGGUCCACUCUUCAUCACACUCAUGCACCGCUUCAAGCCAGGAGCUCUGGAUGAGCGGCCAGUUAUCUACACUAUCGUAGUAAUGGGUGUUGUAGCCACCUUCCUCCUGGCCUUCCUCUGGAAGCACACACUAGUUGUGGGGGGUGCUGUACACAGUGUGGCCCUGCUGUCUCUCAGUUUUCUUCUAUCAGUGGUGGACUGCACAUCUUCUGUCACCUUCCUCCCCUUUAUGAUGAGGCUCCCGCCUCAGUACCUCACCAGUUAUUUUGUUGGGGAGGGUCUGAGUGGUUUGAUUCCAGCGCUGGUGGCACUUAUUCAGGGAGUAGGGAUGGUUCAAUGCAAGAAUGCUACAGCUAAUGCAAACGUUAGCAUGGAGAACUCCACCUGGGGGUCAGGUGGUGAACUGGUGGCACAUUAUGAGCAAGCCAACUUCUCUGCUCAGGUCUUCUUCCUGUUCCUCAGUGUAAUGAUGAUAGUGUGCCUGGGCGCUUUCCUGAUGCUCAACCACCUCCCUGCUGUGGCCAAGGAACGCAAGUGUGAGCGCUACCUUGAUGAUGCCACGCACAGAGAGAAGGCUGGUGUUGGCCUCUCUCUGCAGAACUCUGUUCCAGAACAGAAACCCAUGCUGGAUUCCUCAGAGAGUCCAGUGAAAGAACCUCGCAGCAGCUUUGGCAAAGGCACCUUCAGCAGAGCACAGCUGGUCUUCAUCUUUGUGGUCCUGGCCUGGGUCAAUGCACUAACUAAUGCAGUCCUCCCUUCAGUACAGUCCUACUCCUGCCUCCCUUACGGAAAUCAGGCCUAUCACCUGGCAACAACCAUGGCUGCAGUGGCCAACCCUGUGGCUUGCUUCAUUGCCAUGUUUGUGCCAAACAGGUCCUUGGUUCUGAUGGCGGUUCUCACAGUGACUGGUACAGGAUUUGGGGCCUACAUCAUGGCCAUGGCAGCACUGAGUCCUUGCCCUCUAUUGGUACAUCAUGAUAUGGGAGCUGCACUUGUGGUCAUAACAUGGGUGGUGUUUGUCCUCACUCUAUCCUAUGUGAAGGUGAUCAUUGGGGUGAUCCUGAGAGAUGAAGGACACAGCGCCCUCAUAUGGUGUGGUGCUGUAGUACAGCUUGGCUCCAUGUUAGGUGCCAUGUCGAUGUUUCCUCUCGUUAGUAUUUAUGAACUAUUCAAAUCAGGGGAUCCAUGUAACACUAAAUGUCCUAAAUGAUGACAAACAUAAUUAAGUCAUAACAUAAAUAUUAAAUGUGUUACAGUUCAUCACUCUGUGUAGUUCACAUACACCAAAGGGAAAGUUUGCUUUAACCCUGCUGUAACACAUAAGCCAGUUUUUGUAUUUUUCCAGAGACCAAACUGAAAUGUUAUAAACAACACAGCCCAUGUGUGCACAGUCUUUGUCUGUAAGCACUGCAGUAAACUCACUAAAGUAGACCUUUAGUGCUCUUGUUACACUUGACAGAGAAUCUCUUAAAUGGAUGUAAAUAUCUAUCAUUGUUACAUUAUGGUCUUGGCAUUAUACUAUUUAACGUUUACAUUUUUGAGUCCUUUUUGUGUGUGUUUUUUUUAAGUGAUUAGGCCUUAAUAGUGUCAGUAUUAACUACUUCUUUUUGUG